ACCAAUUGCUAAACCAACAUAAUGGAAAACAAAAAUAAGAGGAAAAGAGCAGAAAAAUGAAACGACGUCAUUCGGCACGGGUAUUCAGAAACUUCGGGAGCGGGAAAGUUGAACCGGCCCAGGGCACCGUCCUUGCAGAGCUAGUCCCCCGAACCGAACAGCGUCGCCUUCUCGUAGCUGGCCGCCGAUUCACUUUCUGCUUCGCCGACCAGUUGGUUGAGGGUUUGAUGCAUUUUCACAUUCCUUUUUCUUUGGAGUUAAUCGAAGUGCGCUCAGCCAUUUGUCAUUCCUCCAUCAAAAUGACCAUUUCCAGGAGGGAUAGGAUUUGGCGGGGUUCAUUCGUGAAGUAUUUGGUGCCUGGUUCCAAUAUUGUUACCACUCUUUCUCUCCGCGGUGCAAGCUCACACUCAGGGUCUUCUCCUUGCAUAAAAACCAAGAUUGUCAAUAAAGGUGAUAAUGAGAGCAAGCAUUCCCUAUUUGGUGUAUCUUGCAGAAGAUUUCAGAUCGAGAGAAGCGAUAAGGCAAAGUGUCUAAGUCAAAGCCUUCACGAGUGCAAGUGCUCCAUCUGGCUUAAGUAUAUUGUGAGCCAAGUCCUGCAUCAAAUUUCCAUUCAUUUGCACGGUGUACAGUGCAGCAGCAGCUUGAGUUCGCGAAAAAUGCUCUCAUGAGGAUCCGAGAAGCAACGCAACAGCGUGAUUCCAGUGUUAGUUUUCUAAUCUUGCCUAUUACUUACAGAUGACUCGAUGCUUAUCAGACCGGUCCGCAGCUUUCAAUAUUUAACGUGUUUUGCCCGUACUUGUAGUCACUGACAAAAUCCAGAUAUUAGGCAUUGGAGUAUGUUCACUUAUCUCGACUUAGUUGGUGAUACCAAAUGUUUGAGCAGCAACAGGUCGGUUUGAGUCAACAUGAGCUCUUAGGUUAGUGUCAGGCAUUCCUCACCUUUGGUCUCUAGUAUGAUAACUAGCUUCCACCCUGCCCUUUGGGCAGGAGGCAUUUAUAUUUAUAUUUUAUUAUAGUAUAAUCUCAUUUUAUGUAAUUUAUGAAUAUAUGUGAUAGUAUGGCAAAUUCUAGCUAAUGGCUGAUGUAGGUUGUAUGUGUGUUCAUACCUAUUAAGUAUACUUUAAUAUGUUUCAACGAAUCAUAAUGAUCAAUUAUUAUUUUUUGAUUAAUCAAUAUAAUGGUUUGUGUUAGAGAAUUAGGAAUUGAGGUUUACUAUUAGAGAUUACAAUAGAGUAUUAUGUUCCAAACUCUGGUUAAUUUAUGUUCUAAAUAUAAGAACUCAAUGAGUGUUUAGUAAGGUUAGCGUAUGCUUUAUCUUAUUAUUAUUUCAAAAUAGUGAAAAUGUUCCGAUAAUUUAUUCAAAUCAAUUUUCACUAUUUUAAUAUGAUAAUAUAUUAAAAAAAUCAAUGAUUGAAAAAUCGUACUACAGAUUGUACCGAAAAAUUAUGUGGUAGAGUAUUUUAUGCUAAAACUGUGGUUCAACCGUUUUAUAGCGCUAAAAACCACCCAGCGAAUUAGCAUCUUGUAGGAGAUUUUUCUGGUCGACCCGCCAGUAUGCUACGAUUUUUUAAUUCUAGUAAAAAACAUGUAUAUAUACAUAUAGUGUAAAAAAAUUUAUAAUUAAUUUAUCUAACUCCCUUAUUAAAAACAUUUAUAAUUAUCCAUACAUUUUGACAACAAAAUUUUAUUUCAAUAUUUUAUAGAUGUAUUUAAAUAUCGGUCAUCCCUUAUACCAUAUCAUAAAAGAAAAGGAGUUUGGAAAUGGUUCUAAUUUGUAUAUGCUCGGGACAACAACAAGUUAGUAACCCAUUACAAAGGGGAAGGAAAAAUAAAAAUAAAACACUUAUUUAAAAUUUGAAGUGGGCGACGUAAGUGGUAUGAGAAAGAAAGAAGGGAAAAAAAAACGAAAGGUAAUUCCGAAACACGCGGGGAAGCCUGGACGGCUGAUGUGGCAUGGGUCGGUUUUACAAACCCUUUUAAUAUAUGGUAAGAAGAUUUAGUUACUCAACAGACAUAAUGGCGUUUAGACCUGGAUGGAGGCCUUAUUCUGGUAGUCUGGGAUAAAGAAUCCUAAGAAAGGAAUUUAAGAAGGAACAUGCGAGUUCAUGAAAACAAUAGAUAGCGUAGUGCAGAGUGGACCUUUCUGUAAUGUCUCCUGUUUUGUCCUCAGAAAUUCUAUGGUGGUUACUAGUCUGUUUCACCUUUGACGCAGAACGAUCGUUUAUGUACCAAGAUUAGAGAUUAGAAGGGGACUAGAAGAGGAUUGAUAGAAACUAGGGGAGAUUAGGGUCUUGUGAUUAAGAUAAAUCUCUUGAGGAUCAAGCUAGAUUAUAUGAGGUUUUUUCUGCAUUGUUUAUCUAGUCAUUGCCCGUUAAACCACACCAUCCCGAGUUAGCCAUUUGUUAUAGUUGAAAACACAACCUCUGCUCUGUUUUACGCACAAGGGACAUGGAUGGCUUAUUUAAUUUGUUUUACAUUUGUUGUAUAGAGAUAGUGAUGAACGUGUUUUUAACUUCCAUCAUAAUCACAAGCAAGUGGAGAAUUGGUGAUGCAUUUUAAAAAGAAUACUUUCAUAUGGCUAAUGAAAAAAAUUUAAAUUC